AACCUUACUUAGCGGAGACUCGAAUUAUAUUUAUAUAACAUGUGAAAAAUCUCUGCCAUGGGAUGCACCCUGACGAGCAUGCGUGAUAUUUAGGUUAUCAUUUAUGGGUGCGUUCGGAUUAAUCGGAUUCUCAUUCAAGUGUCACUCAAGUGUUUUUUCCUUGUGUUUACUGAAUGUUAAACAAGGAUAAAAUAAUACUUUAAGAAGCACUCGGAUGGGAAUCCGAACACACCCUGGGAGUGUAGCGAACUUGACGAACUGUCAUCAACCGUUAAAGUUGUUGUGAAUGAUGUUUAAAAAUUGAAUUAGUUGUUUACAUGUGUAUGCACUUUAUAAGUAUACUAAUAAAAUUUCAUCAUUUAUUUCCUUUAUUGUGCCUACCGGUGAUUUAUUAUAUAUUAAUUAUUGUAAUAUAUGUAUUGUUUACUAAUUCAACGAUGGAGAAGGAAAGAUUUACAAUGCUUCUUUUGGAACCAGGGGAAAUAUUUUUUGAAGAUUACAGUGUUCAGAUGAGAAGACUAGAUGCUCCAUUUUCUGAGGAUAAAAAGUGGAUGGAUGGGAGAUUGAAAUUAUGCUCCAAAUCUUUAGUGUUUGUAAAUAAGGAUAUUAACCAGCCAUUAAUUAAGAUUCAACUUAAAGAAACUACAUUGAUCGAGCAAUGUACAUUGAACAAUGAUAUAGUAAGCAAUAUGCUCUCAAUAGAAUGUAAGCAACAUGUGGAAAUGCUGGAGAAGAAUAUACUAGCACCAUACAGAUUUAUACAUCAAAAUACUGUGUUUCACUUCUGUUUCAAUUAUGCAAAAAUCGAAGAUUGCCUUUCGCAGAUCCUACAGUUGCAGAGAGCAGCGAGUUUAGUAACUGUAGAACAAAAUGCUAUGAUUAUGGCUAUUGUACACUCCAGACAGUCACGUGUAUCUUUUGAUACAUCAUGGCUUGAAGAUCUGUACGAACAAGUGGUCUCGGAGACACAAGCAAAUAAAGUAUUACCGCUCGUAAUAAAUCCAGGCAGAGUAUUGUUGACCAAUUCGAGACUCUACUUUCAACCUUAUAAUAAUAUGGAUCAGCAUCCUGUCCUUAAGAUCCAACUGAAAGAUAUACGGAAUGUUAUAAAAAGAAGAUUUUUGUUACGACAAGUGGGUCUGGAAAUUAAGUGGACGAGACAAAUUGAUAGUAAGAUCGAACAUUUAUUUUUAUCGUUUCAAAAUCAAGACGGCAGAGACAAGCUAUAUGAAAAUUUACUUAAACAAUCGACAGUUUCCCUUGAGAUUGUACCACAAAAUCAAAUGACAAUAAGAUGGCAAAAUGGAUAUUUAUCGAAUUAUGAUUAUAUUUUAUAUGUAAAUAGUUUGGCAGAUAGAACAUUCCAUGAUUUGACACAAUAUCCAGUGUUGCCUUGGAUUAUACAAGACUAUACUUCUGUGACAUUAAAUUUAAAUGAUAUUAAUGUUUAUAGAGAUCUUUCUAAACCUAUCGGCGCAUUAAAUCUUACUCGUCUAGAGAGGCUAAAAGAACGAUAUUCGGAAAUGUCUGAUCCGAAGUUUUUAUAUGGUUCUCAUUAUAGUGCACCAGGUUUUGUACUAUUUUACUUAGUACGGAAAUACCCUCAGUAUAUGCUCUGUCUUCAAAAUGGAAGAUUUGAUCAUCCAGAUAGAAUGUUCAACAGUAUAGCCGACGUGUGGAAAAAUGUUUUGGUGAACAUGUCUGACUUUAAAGAACUAAUACCGGAGUUUUAUGAUGUGAGCAAUGGCGGUGACUUUCUAGUGAAUAAUUAUGGUAUCGACUUUGGUUAUCGACACGAUGGUACGAAAAUAGGCGAUGUACAACUACCUCCUUGGGCAAAAGGACCAGCCGAUUUUGUACAACAAUUGAGAAAUGCUUUAGAAAGUGAUUACGUUUCUCAAAAUCUUCAUCAUUGGAUCGACUUAAUUUUUGGAUAUAAACAAAGAGGAGUUGAAGCUGACAAGGCUGACAAUGUAUUCUUCCAUUUGUGUUAUGAAGGAGCAGUAGAUUUAGAUACUAUACGAGAUAUAAAUGACAGACAUGGUCUCGAAGUGCAAAUAAUGGAGUUUGGUCAGAUACCAAAACAAGUCUUUACUCUACCUCAUCCCAAACGUUUGACAUCAGCUCCAAAUUUAUUAUACAGCGAAACAUUAUUGACUUCGCCAGAAUCAAUAACUUCAGGCAGUGCAUGUGUAAAAGAAAAAUCAAUUACUUUUACUGAAUUAGUAACGUUUCAAGCACAUAAAGAUUGCGUCACCAGUAUUAUACGAAAAAACACAACAAGUAACGAAAUUAUAUCAGUAGGUCAAGAUGGAAUGCUAAAAUUGUAUAACAUAAGCGAAAAGAAACUGACACGUAGUGUUACCUUGUCUCCGUUGUCACUAUCAUCUUGUAUCUCAUAUUAUACGUUAUCGCAACGUAACAUUCUUGUAGCAGGAUCGUGGGACAAUACCUUGAUAUUCUAUGAUAUCGAAUUUGGCAGAGUAAUUGAUGUGCUGCAAGGACAUGAAGACGCUGUAUCGUGUUUAGCAUGGAGUUCCACUCAUCAAGUGAUUAUAUCUGGCUCCUGGGAUUGCACUGCAAAAGUUUGGCAUGGAUACACUUCUGGAUCAAAAAUUAAACCUGCGGAAUGUUUUAUCGCGCAACUAGAUCAUGACUCCAAAGUAACUUGUAUUAAUAUAUCGAGAGACGACACCAUGUUGGUAUCUGGUACAGAAGAUGGCGAAUUGUGUUUAUGGAGUAUGAAUAAUUACAAUUUACAAUCUACUAUUAAAGGUCACACAUGCAAAGUAAAUGCAGUAACGUUCGAUAAACAAUGCAGCAGCGUGAUAUCAUGUGCAGAAGACAAAAUAUUGAAUAUAAUUGAUGUUCGAACAAGUACACAGAUAUAUUCCGUCAGUUUAGAAAGUGAACCAUUGACGUUAACGUGGAUGGGCACGUUCUUGCUGAUAGGUGAUAACGACGGGAAUCUUAAUGUAUGGAAUCAUCAGGGGGCUGUAUUCAUCCCGCAAAAACAUUGUCAUGAUGGACCGCUUUGCGCCUUAGCUGUAGUCACUGAUAGUAAUUUGAUGAUAACUGGCGGAAAAGAUAGAAGAGUCAUCGUAUGGGAAUGUCAUAAUCACUGACACAGUAUUACAAAUAAUAAUUAUCAAUAUAUAAGAAGAAUUUUAUGUAAACAGAAUAUAGAGAGAAUAGAACAUAAUAUUUUUAUUACUUAUUAUACAUGAGAUACUAGAACUGUAUAUAACAUAAAAUAACAUAUUUAUAAUGAACUGAAAAAAAAUGUUAAAAAAUUUAAAAACAUGGUGCUUGUAAAAAUAUCUAUAAUAUAGUAUUUUAGGAUCGUAAAAUUCUUUGAUUCUUAUUCUAAGUUACCUCGUAUUAGAUUCUUAAUAUAUAUUAUAAACACCUUUGAAUUGUUAAAAUAUGUGUACAGUUAAAAGGAACAGAAAAAAUUCCUUUUUGUAAAUUUGAUAACUUUAUAACUUCUGAAGUUUUUUUUUUCUUUUCGCAUAAAGAUAUAUUUGCGUUUCUUAUAUAAAUAUAUACUUCUUUUAUAUUGAAUGUAAAAAAAUAUAACUAAAUGUAUCAGAUCUGUAAUAUUCUUUUGAAGGAAUAUAAAUUUUUACACUAAUUGUAAGGUUAAAAUUUUUAUGUAAUUUAUAUAAUAUAUUGUAUACAUAUAGUGAUAUGUAAUGUUACAUUCCACUUUCCUGUUGCAAAAUAUUCCUUACCUAUGCAUUAGUCUUCCCAUCUUCACAAAAAAAUUAAUAACUUCGUAUUAUGAUAAGCUAUUGUAAUAUCAUUGUAUUUAAUACAGAAUCAUCAAAUCGUAAAUAUAUGCAAAAUAGGUGUUACUUUAAAUUAGGACCGCUAUACACAGUAUAAAAAUUUGUGUA